AGGGCGGCUGCGCCAUGUUGGGUUUGGGCGGAAAGCGGAAGUGACGUCACAGAAAACGCGAGGCCGGGCGGAAGUGGAAGCGGCGGGAAGGGGGAAUUUCUCCCCCAUUCCCGGAAUUUUUUGGGCUCUCCCUUUGGAUUUGGGAAUCCCAAAUUUUUUUGGGGAUUUUGGGGUGAUUUUAGGGAAUUUUGGGGGAUCCAUGACCAUCCACAAUCUCUACAUCUUCGACCGGGGCGGCUCCUGCCUCUUCUACAGCGAAUGGCACCGGAGGAGACCCCCGGGAGAAUUCAAGCUGAUGUUUGGGAUGCUCUUCUCGCUCCGCUCCUUCGUGGCCAAGAUGAGCCCCACGGACAUGCGGGACGGGUUCGUGUCGUUCCACACCAGCAAGUACCGGCUGCAUUACCUGGAGACGCCCUCGGGGCUGCGCCUGGUGCUCAACACCGACCUGGGCGUGCCCAGCGCCCGCGAGGCGCUGCAGCACAUCUACAGCAACCUUUUCGUGGAGUUGGUGGUGAAGAACCCCCUGUGCCCCCCCCGGGCCCCCGUGCAGAGCCUCCUGUUCCGGCAGCGCCUCGACGCCUUCGUCCGCAGCCUGCCCUACUUCGGGCCCCGAAAUCCCAACAACUGACCCCGAAAUCCCAAUAAAUGACCCCGAAAUCUCCAUCAGCGCCCCCAAAAACCCCAAAAUCCCAAUAAAGGACCUCAAAAUCCCAAUAAAUGACCCCAGAAUCUCUUAACUGACCCCAAAAUCCCAACAAUUGACCCCAAAAUCUCCAUUGGCAACCCCAAAAACCCCAAA